AUGUCAGAUCGUCACUGGCUUGAAAUCACAACAUAUUCUGAUCAUGUUGGAUUCACUAUCUCUACAAUUGCCAACUUCACUCUUCUUUUUCUAUUGGCCGUUCGUCCAACCAAAGCAUUGGGAUCUUAUAGAUACCUGAUGCUCAGCUUUUGUGUUUUCAGCUUGUUCUAUACUUCAAUCGAAACUUUUUUAAGACCGUUAAUUCACAUUUACGACAACACUAUUUUCGUGAUUCAAAGGAAACGUUUCGACUAUUCGGAGACCACUGCCAGAGCAAUUUCUUCUACCUACUGUGGAUGUUAUGCAAUGAGCUUCACUCUAUUCGCAGUCCAUUUUGUUUAUCGAUACUAUGCUGCUUGCAAACCUGACAACCUGCGCUAUUUCCAAGGUUUUUAUUUCGUUUCGUGGGUUCUCGGGGCUAUGUUGGUUGCAGGAAGCUGGGGAUUCGCCGCAUUCAUUUUGUACCCGGAAACUGAAAGAACGAAGACAGCAUUACUACACGUAAUCAAAACAUCUUAUGACUUGGAUCCAUACUGGAUUGGAAAUGUUCCGUAUAGUUAUUGGCGGACAGAAAAUGGAGUUGAAUACCUGAACCCCCGUAACGUCAUCGGAAUCCUCCAACACGGAGUUAUUAUGACAGUAUCUUUCGGUACUGUAUUCUACUGUGGAUAUCAGACUCAUAAGACAAUUCAAGCAACGAGCUUCCUUUCUCAGACAAUCAUUCCAACAUUCCUUAUGUAUCUCCCAACUACAAUGCUCUUCGUAACUCCAUUUGUUGGUUUGAAUAUCGGAUGUUAUGGAAAUAUAACAACGGCAACUGUUCAUUUGUACCCUGGAAUUGACCCACUCGUUCUCAUAUUCCUUAUCAAAGACUUCCGAAGAACUCUAAUGAAAUCUCUCUGCUUCUGGUCUGCAGCUAAGAGAAGAAUCGACACUUCCACCACAUUGAAAUCAUAUCAAUUAAGUGUCAGCAAGGCUUAA